CCUCAUCUAUCCUCAAGACUCAUUUUCGUUUGGAAUUUAGAGAGCUUACACGUCGAAAUAAAAAUGAGCCUAAUUAUAGAAAAAAAUUAAAUAUAUUUUUCUUCACAAAACAUGGUAAACAAAUAAUCUUCAUUCAACUCUCCAUUUCAUUCUCACCUAUACCAAUUUCUGAUUCAAGUUAACAAAAAAAAGAAAAAAUGGGAAGCCAAGUCCAAAAAGUAUUGAAAGACAGAAAAUUCUCAUCCAUUUUUAUUCUCUUCAGCACCAUUAUUCUAGUCCUACUCUACACCAGCACCACAGACAACCCUUUCUUCCUUUACUCUGAUAAUAAUACUACUCCAAUUAUAAUCCCUUCAGUCUCGACCUCUUCUUCUUCUUCUUCUUCUUUGUCCGUACAGUCCAAUCUCCAAUGGAAGCUCUGUGAUGGUCCAGUUGCCGUUGAUUACAUACCAUGUUUGGACAAUUUCGUGGCUAUAAAGGCCUUGAAGAACCGGAGGCACAUGGAGCGCCGCGAGCGCCAUUGUCCCAAAUUCAGUCCCCGGUGUUUGGUGCCUCUUCCUAGACAUUACCGGAUUUCGGUUCGCUGGCCUAAGAGCAUCGACAUGAUAUGGUAUGAUAAUGUUCCACAUGCAAAGCUUGUUGAGUACAAGAAGGAGCAAAAUUGGGUUCGUAAAUCAGGAGAUUAUUUUGUUUUCCCUGGUGGUGGUACCCAAUUCAAGGAUGGAGUAGAUAACUAUGUUAAGUUCAUAGAAGAGACUUCGCCACUUAUUAAAUGGGGAAAGAACAUAAGGGUUAUUUUAGAUGUUGGGUGUGGUGUUGCCAGCUUUGGGGGAUACUUGCUUGAAAAAAAUGUCCUCACCAUGUCAUUUGCUCCCAAGGAUGAACAUGAAGCUCAGAUACAAUUUGCUCUAGAACGUGGCAUUCCUGCUAUUAUUUCAGUCAUUGGAACUCAAAAACUGACUUUUCCAGACAAUGCUUAUGAUUUGAUCCAUUGUGCACGAUGCAGGGUUCAUUGGGAUAUGGAUGGUGGAAAACCACUGUUGGAGCUCAAUAGGAUUCUUAGGCCUGGUGGGUUCUUUGUUUGGUCAGCUACACCAGUGUAUCUCAAUGAUGAAACACAUCACAAUCAAUGGGAGGCUAUGGUGAAUCUAACUAACUCUAUAUGCUGGAAGACUGUUGCUAAGAGUGUUGACUCAUCUGGAGUUGGGUUUGUAAUAUACCAAAAGCCUGUCACAAAUUCUUGCUAUGAGAACCGGAAAGAGAAUAAUCCACCAAUAUGUGAUGAUACAUAUAGGAAAAACAAUUCAUGGUACGUUCCCCUUAGUAGUUGUCUUUCCCCAAUACCAGUUGACAACAAGGGUAAAUUGCUUAGUGGGCCUUUGCCUUGGCCCAAUAGGCUUACUAGUAGACCUGUAAGCUUAUCAAGUGAGCAAGAUACUGCCCAAAAGUUUGAGGAGGAUACUAUGGUUUGGUCUGCACUUGUAACAGAGGUUUAUUUGGUUGACCUUCCUAUAAGUUGGUCAAGUGUGAGAAAUGUAAUGGACAUGAAUGCUGGUUAUGGAAGUUUCGGUGCAGCUCUUAUUGAUCAACCAGUAUGGGUAAUGAAUGUUGUCCCUAUUGAUAUGGCAGACACUUUGUCUAUCAUAUAUGAGAGAGGGUUAAUUGGAGUCUACCAUGACUGGUGUGAGUCUUUUAAUACCUAUCCUAGAACAUAUGAUCUACUACAUUCCAACUAUCUAUUCCAAACUCUUUCUCAAAGAUGUGAGAUGGUAGAAAUGGUGGCGGAGAUUGAUAGAAUAUUAAGACCAAACGGUUAUUUAAUAGUUAACGACACAAUGGAGGUGAUUGAAACUGUUAAGCCAAUUUUGCAAUCACUUCAUUGGUCUGUAAUCUUCCAUCAAAAUCAUUUUCUUUUGGCCAAGAAGGGUUUCUGGCGUCCAGGUUUGAGGGAGUAAUUUUUGUUCAAAUUAAUGUACAUUAGAUUCUUCAAGUUUUAUAAGUUUAUUUAUUUUAAAGUUUAAACAAUGGACAUCUUUGUACUUGAUAAA